CACAGUCUGGUAAAGUGAAGUGACAUCAUAACCACCUCCCUAAUAUCGUGUCAAGACAAGGACUUCUGAAGGCCGCUGCAGUAUCUGGCUCCAGGACGCCAGCAGCAGGUCCUACAGGUCCUGUUAGAGGUGGGGCCCCAGGCAUCACACCGGCUCUGCUGGCUUGCCUUCUUCUCUUGUCCUGGUGUCUCAUCUCUUCCUCAGGUAAACCCAUCAUUUUUGUUAUAGUAUUAGUGGCAGUCGCUACGUGCACAGUGACCAGUUGUAUGUUUUGCUUGGCAGUCGGCUGUAUAACCGGCCAUGUAUUUAUUUUUAUAGUUUUUGUGUGUUUAGUUUAGUAUAGUUUUUUUUUCUUUGUUUUGUUUUAUUAGUUUAAUUUUUUGUUUUUUUUUGUUUGUUUGUUUGUUUUGGGGUUUUUUUUUGUUUAGUUUUGGAUUAUUAUUUUUUUUUUUUCCAGUAGCUUUAAAACAAUUACAGGUUCCCGACAGCACGACCUUCAGCUCCGCUCAGUCCGCCAGCAGAGCCGUUGGUGGAGAGGGAGGGGAAGGAGGGGACAGAGGAGUCUGAUCGCGCUCUCUCUCCUCCUAACCCACUCAACAGUGUUACGGGACAGACGAGGAGGCCGCUUCACAGAAUACACCUGAUCCACCUCCUCACUCUGUGCACUCAAGUCUGGAGCAGCCAACGGGGCAGAGCACAAACUAUGACGGGAGCAGCUGAGACCUCCGGCACCGCGCUGUGCGUAAUGAAAGGCAGUCUGAAAUAAGUCGUCCAAACGCAGAACGAGAGUACGAUGGGAAUGGCGAGCGAGGAUCUGCUCGUUACACUCCAGAUACUGCCUGGUUUCUUUUCAAACUGUCUCUUCCUCGCCCUGUACGACUCUGUGGUUCUCGUGAAGCGCGCCGUGUCGCUGCUCAGCUGCUCCAGGUCCGCCGGCUCCGGAGAGUGGCGCCGCAUGCUGACCUCAGCGGGGCUGCGCUCCAUCUGGAACAGCUUCCUUCUAGACGCCUACAAGCAGGUGAAACUUGGCUGUGAGGCACCAAACUCCAAACUGGUGAAGGUGCCCGAUGGCCCUUGGUGGAGCAGCAAUAUCGGCAACAUGACUAAUGUGCCACCUGGUGCCAGAAUUCGAAAUGGAGAUGAGUGCAACCUUCUGGAUUUCGAGUCAUCAGAUCGCCCUCUGGUGGUCAACUUCGGCUCAGCCACCUGACCCCCCUUCAUCAGCCACCUGCCAGCCUUCCGGCAGUUGGUUGAGGACUUCAGUGACGUCGCUGAUUUCCUGUUAGUGUACAUUGAUGAGGCUCACCCGUCUGACGGCUGGGUGGCCCCUCCCAUGGGCUCUUGCUCUUUCAGUGUCCGAAAACAUCAGAACCUGGAAGAGAGGCUAGGAGCAGCGCGCAAACUUAUUGAGCAAUUUUCCCUGCCACCGCAAUGUCAGCUGGUGGCUGACUGCAUGGACAACAAUGCUAACGUGGCUUACGGUGUGUCUAAUGAACGUGUGUGUAUAGUGCAACAUAAAAAGAUUGCCUACCUGGGUGGUAAAGGGCCUUUCUUUUACAAUCUGAAGGAUGUGCGGCAGUGGCUGGAACAGAACUAUGGUAAGCGGUAGGACUAAAGAAGGACAAGAAAAAAGGAAGACAUGUUCCACGUUUAAGUUGGGAAAUAAGAGAUUGUUUGGUUUUGUAUGGGCAUACAAGGCGAAAACAAAAGGUGUAUUGUGGUCCGUGGUGGAAAGUAACUGUUUGUACUCGAAUAAUGUACUUAAGUACAAAUUUGAGGUACUAGUACUUAAUUUGAGUAUUUUCUUUUAUGCUACUCUAUACUUCUGCUUCCCUACUAUUUCGUGGGAAACAUCGAGCCUUUUACUCCACUUCAUUUAUUUGAUACCUUUGAGCAAUAGUUGCAGUUUCACAUAGUAAUAAAACAAACAAUGAAAUUAGUGAUGAUGUAUUGUUAUGGAUAAAGAUAGUACUUUAAUGAUCCAGUGGCGAAAUUCCAAGUCUACCUGGCAUGAAUUUAUAGUAACAGAUCAACUGCACCUUUACCCACUGCAACAUUAAAGUGAUGACACAUUAAAGCUACAGUAUGUAAGAACUAAGCACUAACCACUAAACUACUUAAAUGCCGUUAGCUAGCUAGCUCAGUUAGCCAUGCAGCUAGUGGUCCGGAUCUUCCCCAGGGCUUGGGGCACCGGGGAAGUGUUGGUGCUUACAUCGCUAGCACAGGUGCUUUGUUCUGGGACGGGCCAGGGCUAUCUGGGGUCACAUGCUAACUGCAGCAACAUAACAUUAAAACUGCUAUUCCUUUACAUUCUCUGGAUAAUUGUAGAUAUUUUUAACAUGUUUUCAACUACAAUUCUUUGAUUUUGCACCUUGAUAUACAUCACCAAUUAUAAUAUACAUCAGCAAUUAUAUAAUAUAUUUAUAAUAUAAUAUAUAUAUAUAUAUAUAUAUAUAUAUAUAUACACACACACACACACACACACACACACACACACACACACACACACACACACACACACUAUGGUAAUAUCAUGAAUUGGGUUUCAAAAUACUGGUGUGACUUCUUUUGAAUUUGCAUCAGUUUUUUAGUUGAGCUGAACAUGUGUAAAGACCAACUUUAAUAAUCUAUUAACAUAAUACGCCCACUUUUGCUGCUAAGUCAUGUUUUAAGUGAUUUCCAUAUAAAACCAAAUCACUAAAAGGGGGGAAGUAAAUGGAAGAAAUCACAAUUUUUCCAUUUUUAAAAAGUGUUCCAUAAAAUAUGUACUAUGCACUAUGUCCAAACUUUAAUCAUAUGUAAUAUCUUUAUGGACCCUCCUUUCUCUUUGGAGAAAUGUCCAUUUGUAUUGCACAUACUGACCACAGGUCUCCAAUUUUUCUCUUCUUGGAGUCUUUCUUAAAAGCUUUUACCCCUAUGGAAGUUUUUAUGUUUACAGUUUUGAAUCAAAGUAGAUUUAAUGUGGCUUCUUCCAACAGAAAUGAAAACUUGAAUAUUAAAGUAAAAACAGAUCUUUCCAAUGUAAAUAAGUAUGUCCAUAGUGAGUAUUCACCCCUUCCAAGUUUCUUGCAUCAAGUUUUCAAUGUAUUUUGCAACAUUGUUUUCACCCUCUACUCUCACUACCCCACAGCAGAGAAGUAAAUCCCACAGUAUGAUGGCAUCAACUCCAUGUAUCACAGUGGUUUACACCUGAUAUUAUGCCGACCAUCAUCAUAAAAAUGUCAUGGUUAGUUUGAUGGACACAAAGCAUUAGACCAAGUAAGGUCGCAUAUAGCCAGCUGACCUCAGAGUCUCCUUCAUAUGUACCUUUUGGCAACUUGUAACCUAGAAUGGUAAAUUGCAGGUGUAGAAUGUAGAAUCAUUUACCUCCUUCACUUGAGUCCUUCUACACUUUCUGAUUUUCUUAGGACAGUUUCUGGAAAGAUUUAGAACUGUGCCAUGCUCCUACCAUUUCCAGUGUCAGAAUAAUGGGCUUGCCAGGAGGGUGGAGCCCCUUCAUAACAGACCUGACAACAACCGAAUGUUGACUGUCAAAAACUAAUAUUCAGCAGCAUGUCUGAUUCCACAAUGAACAAUCCUAUUAAGAAAUAAGAUGUCAUUAAAAUCUGAAGUUGUGUCAUCUGUAAUUUGAAAUGUGUGUGCGGCUCUGUCUCGAUUGCCAUGUUGUGGUUGAACAUAGGCCAGACCACAAAUCUCUAGAUGACGUGCUGAAGCAACCCGACGUGCACAUAUCAUGGUCUAACCUGUUAAAAUAGACACUUAAAGAAAGAGAAAACAAGUCCCACCACGCACCAGUGUUGCCAAAGCAGGCAGUUUGUACAGUCCACAACAGAUGUACUCCAACAGAUAUCUGGUGACUUACAGUUUUUCUUUCUAUCCAGCCUUUCACUUUACUUUUGCUUUUCAAUGACCUUCCCUUUCUGCCUCCCUUUCUUCUUGAUUUGACUGGAGUUUUUUUUUUUUUUUUUUUAAUCUUAAUGGCAGAUAUGUUACUGCCUAAUUGAAACUUGUUGACCAGACACAGGGUAAUUAAUUCACUUGUAGUCAAUGGGAGACACAAACCUUGCAGAGGUUCAGUUGUGUUGCUAAAGGGUCCAUGUCAAAUAAGCCACAUUAUAUCUACAUGUUUAAAAACAUACCAUCCUGUAAGAAAUGUUUAUAGGCACUGUAAAUUACUGUGUGCAAAGAGAUUAUGACAAUUAAUCAUAAUUGCACAUUAUGUGCCAAUUAAUGAAGAGAAACAUAUAUGCAUCCUGUUACUUAUAUAAUGAUUGAAGUAUCACAGACCUGUCUCGCAGACAUCAUCAAUUUUAUAGAUUGAGAUUGCUUAUUUUCUUGGGAUUUUUCUGGAUUUUAGUUUUUGUUUUGUUUUGUUUCAUCAUUUGGUUUAUCAAUGCUGAGAGAGAGGAUGAUGAGUUGAUAAAAAAUGUUGAUUAAAAUAUUGAUGUUUCAUCAGAGUCAUUUUCGGUAAUAACAAUGUGCUCCAAGUGAGUGUCUUGCUGGGUCUGGCUUCUCAGGCUAUGUGUGGACUGAUGUGAUUUGUUUGUGGAGGUUGUUUGAGCUGUAUGCAGAAUGUUUUCAGUAAAAAAAAAAUCUCAAAUUUGACUUUUUUCCCUUAAAAGGACAGUUUGAAUAUGGUCAGAGACUGAAUACAGUAAAUGAUGUUUCCUUGUUCUUAUGAUGCAAAUACAGUAUUAUUUAUCGUUUCUAUUGCUAUCAUUAGUAUUGUUAUUUACUAGGGUUCAUGAGUUUGGUUGAGGUUAGCAGACCUGUGAAGAUCUCUGCUUGUCAUGUUUUUGUUCAUUUAAGAUGAAUUACACUUUUAAUUUACAUUUUAAUAUACAUGACAGCUCAGAUUUCAAUCUUUUUAGAUGGCAUGAAACCCUUCAACAUUCUUAAAUAUCUGAAUAUUUUAAGGUCAGAAACUCUUGAGAGUCUGGGUGUCUGUGUGGGUGUGUGGUUGAGAUGGCUAUAGAAUGUGUCAGGGGGGAUGUGUCCGUCAUUAAGGUCCAUUGGGCUGACAGAUGGUUUGCUCUGGUCACAGUGAAAGAGGUGUGUAAAUGAAAACCUUUGACGAAAGAGUUCCUGACUCGGUCUCUGGUUGGAUCGUGAUUUACACCUUGUCAACAUGACCCAGAACCAUUACAUCUGUUUUCAUUGUCUAUCUGCUAAAACUUGUUGUUGUCUAAGUAACUGAUGUAAAACUCUGCUUUCCAUUUCAUCUACUGCACUGUUUCCUGAUGCUUUGUGCAAUGUUUUGUUUUUGUUUUUUUUUUUUCUAAUAUGUCAAAGGAGAGAAAUGUCUAAGCGGGAAAUAAAGGAGAAGUUUUG